AUGAUCGACCCAUCCCAAGACCUCCUAGACGGGAUAUCUGGCGCACUAGCUUCAGAAGGCGACGUCCUCCAAAUGACACUAGUGACGUUCAUCGGAUUAUCAUGCUACAACGUCGCAGAACUAGUCGUCCUCGUGCCAUCUACAUUCCGACGCUGGCAAGGCCUCUACUUCUGGUCGCUCCUCGCAUCGGGAUGCCUAGGCGUAGUGCCGUACUCGAUAGGCUUCCUGAUGAAAUUCUUCACGCGCGCCGACUCGGUCUUAUCAGUUACUGUGCUCACGAUCGGGUGGUGGACCAUGGUCACCGGACAAUCCAUCGUAUUAUACUCGCGGCUCCACCUUGUGUUGCGGGAUGAGAAAGUCCUUCGUCGAGUAUUAUGGUUGAUUGUUGCCAAUUUCUUCUUACUGCAUGUUCCCACGACGAUCUUGACCUACGGGGCGAACAUCGUCCAUAGUGGGGAGAUUGCAUGGGUGCAGGGGUAUAAUGUUAUGGAGAAGAUUCAGUUGACCGGGUUCACGAUUCAGGAGAGUUUGAUCUCGACACUGUAUGUAAUUGAGACGGUGAAAUUGCUUCGGAUCGGUGCUGAGUCGGCGACGCGUCCUGAUACACGAUCGAUCAUGUAUCAAUUGAUCGGGAUCAACUUCGCCAUCAUUGCCAUGGAUUUGCUCCUGCUAGGAUUGGAGUAUGCCAAUUUCUAUGCAGUGCAGAUCACGCUGAAGGGGUUUAUAUACUCGCUGAAACUCAAGCUUGAGUUUGCGGUGUUGGGCAAGCUGGUGGAUUUGAUUCAGGGGUCGAGACAUCCGAUGUCCAUUGCUAUUGCUGAUACGCUGCCAUUAUGUUCUUUCACGCAUCAGACGGCGGAUCAAGACGAUGAUCAGCCCGAGGUGGAGCCCCAUGGGGAGAUUGUGGAAAGUAGGGCGUUUGUAGAGUCCGGGAAUCAUAAUAGCUAA